AUGAGGUCGGUCGACAGCGGGCUGGCGGAGGCGCUCAAGGACUAUGUGGUGCUGCAGGUGCAGCAAGAGACGGGCAGGAGGCCGAACAUGGCGCAGUGGACCGUGGUCAAGCCCGCUGGCCUCCCGCAGCAGACCAACGGCUCCGACUGUGGGGUGUUUGUGCUGGUGUUUGCCGCACUCGUCGCCGCCGAUGCCGCGGUCGUCGUCGGUCAGAGCGACGAGCUGGAACUGAGGCGUGCCAUUGUGACAGCUCUGCUCCGCGGCCUUGUUGUCGAUCCUCAGUUGCUUGACCAGCACGAAGAAGCUUGA